AUGAUUCAAUCGCUUUAUAAAACUGGCAUUCAAAUGGGCUGCAUCCAUCUACCUGGGCACAGCUGGACAUCAUUGCCUCACAAAAUUUCAACAACAACAGUUGAACAACGACAGCAACAAAUGCAUUUCAAUCCAUCCCGAGCUACGCCCUUUGCUAUGGAUCAUGAAGACGAACAAGAGAUGAAGCCAGCAGCAGUCGGGGCCGACAUGGCCGUGCCCACAACUCUGCACAAUCUGCAAGUAGAUGACAAGAGGAACUUUGAAAAGGGAGAAUCCGAUAUGCCUCGAAACUAUGAAGUGAAGACACCAGAUGUCAUUUGUGGAAAUCGUGGGUCCAAAGAAACAUACUCUCAUCCAGGCAAUGAGAGAUUUCGCGUCAUGAUAGAGAUGCGUCUUCAGAAAUACAGUCAAUCAACUAGGAAGGGCAAAUCAGAUAUUGUCAAGGAGAUUGUGGGCGCCGUUCGAGACUACGGCGGGCACUUUGUCAGACAAGAUGACGAUGGCCAAUGGAUUGACAUUGGCAAUCAUAAAGCAAGGGAGAAGUGUGGGCAUGCUAUCCGCGCGGCCUUGACCAAAAACAAAACGCAACGUCUUGAGGGUCGGGACUCCAUGUCAACCGGUUCCGGUUAUGCUUCCGCACCGACAAUACCGACUAGCAACCGAGCUGCAAUGCCACGCCGUUCCUCUUCCAUCAGUCAGCUAUCUAGACAAAGCUCCAAUUGUUCAUCUCCCACCAAUCAGAUGGCCAGUGAAGCCAGUGAAGCCAAAGUGGCAAGCGAAGAUGCUAGUGCGGAAAACGCACGCCAAGGCUACGUGUCCGAGUUCGAGCGUUCGUUGCUACUUCAAGAAACGGUUGGUCUGCUGGGGAAAAGGGACGUUGAGGAAUACGAGUCCGAGCAUGAAGAUGGUGCGCAGACAGAUGGCAAUGACCAGUUCCUUGAGUAUGAAAGGAUGAAACGACGAAAGUUUUAA